UACACAUUAAUCGACUUAAAAUUAACGUAAUGUUCCGGACGUCCCUGAACGCACCAUGGACUUCCGGGUUCUAGUUCCGGUUCAGACCAACAUGGCGGCUGGUGGUCGGCGGUCUCCUCAGACUCAACUCUGAUCUCAUCGUCAUAUUUAGUUCUAUAGCGAAAUAAAUACGACCAGAAGCAUUUAGUGUCGAAACCAACAAGUUGAACCUGGUCCUGCAUGAUGAUGGUCCUACCCGACCCGAGACCACCAUUCUGAUCGGAUGUUGGUAAACCGCCAGUCUUACCUGACCCUUGUAGACCUUCAGAGACAUGGAGAAGUUCGGGAUGACUUUUGGGGGCGGUCCCGGCAGGAAGGAGUUGCUGGACACCAUUGAGUCCCAGAAGAAGCAGCUGGUCCAGUACCAGACUCGCUUCAAAGACGUCGUCCAGGCCUAUAAGAGUCUUCUGAAGGAGAAGGAGGCUCUGGAGGCCAGUUUGACGGUCUUGAUGGUGGACCUGAACCAACAAGGCCAGAACUCUCCCACCACCUUGGACCUCCAUGAGGACGGCUGCUCGCUGCACAGCGAGGACAGCCUGGACACGCCCAGUGAGACCACCAGAGGGGACCGGGGCGAGGAGGACCAGGGCGGCUCAACGACACUGCGGUCCGGCGGCUCAGAGAGCAGCGCCGUGGGGGCGGACCAGCAGCAGGCCACACCUCCGAGCGCGGAGGUGGACCGCCGAGUCGCCCAGCUGAAGAACCAACUGAGCACGCUUACCGGCGCCCUCGCCACGGUGACCCACGAGAAGUCUCGGAUGGAGGCCAGCUUUCAGGCCGACAAGCGUCAGCUGAAACAGGAAGUGGAGGCGCUCCAGGACCGCCUAGUCGCCGCGAGGGCGGAGCAGGAGGCGGAGCUGCGCACCGCACUGCAGCAGUUGGCCGAAGGCCGCGCUCGUAUCAUCACGCAGCAGCACGAGCGGGAGCAGGAGCAGGGAGACCACGCCCAGCAGCUCCGGGAGCUGCAGAGGAUCCUGCAGCAGGAGAGAGACCUGCGACAGGAUGUGGAGCUGCGCCUGCAAGACGCCGCUCUCCUCGUGACAUCGCAGGCCGUGGACCGGGGGUCGGAGUCCGAGGCGCACCUGAACCAGGUGAGGGAGGAGAGAGACGAGCUGAAGAGGAGCCUGCAGGCUGCUGAGGAGGACCAGAAGAAACCAGAUCCCAGAGUCCACAAACUGCAGCAUGAGCUGACGGAGCUGAAGAAACACCUCCAGCAGCAGAUGCACCUCGAGACCAGAAAGGCGUGCGAGGCGGAGGAACGCGCUUGUGAGCGCGCUCAGGCUGCAGAGACGAGGGUCGCCAGUCUGGAGCAGAGGGUCUCCGAACUCUCGGAGGUCCUCGGUUCUUGUGAGAAGUCGAGGCAGAGAGACCAGCACACGGCUCAGAGACUCAGAGACCGGAUCCUGCAGCUGGACACAGAGAACAAGACGCUCGCCGCCUCCAGCAGGAUGACCUCUGACCUCGGCGUGGACGAGUCUCGGCUGGACAUCGGCGUGCUGAAGGAGAAGCUGCUCUCGCUGGCGGCUCAGAGGAACCCGUCCCAGAACAUGCAGAGCCUGGUGGAAAGCCAGGCCGAGCUUGGCGGAGACAAAGCCUCCGCGUUCUACCAGCAGGAGCUCCAGCAGCUCAAGGACGAGUUUGAACGCUACAAGCUGCGAGCGCAAGUGGUGUUGAAGAACAAGAACGCCAAAGAUGGCUCCCAAGCCAAAGAGCUGGAGGAGGUCCGGGACCAGCUGUCCGAGCUCAGGGAGAAGUACAUCAACCUGCGGAUUCUGAGCGACGAGGCCGAAACACGACACCGCCGCGAGCUGGAAGAGCGGCGGCGGCGGGCGGCGGGGCUGCAGCAUGCUCACGAACAGGAAGUGGAGCGGGCGGAAGCGUCUCAUCGGGACGACCUGCUGCGGCUGGAGGCGGAGCUGCACAAACAGAGAGAGAGGACAAUGGCGCUGCUCGGCGAGAAGGACCAGGAGCUGGAGAGGCUGCGGGCCGCCGCGCCGCGCCGCCGCGCCGACGAGCGCGAGUCCGGCCCGGAGACCGAGGGCGACGUCAUCAGCCAGGCGCUGCGGCGGGCAACGCCCAACGAGCCCACGCUGCUGCUGUACGCCGAGCAUCUGGCCAGGAAGGAGGUGGAGGCGGGCGGCCUGCGGCGGCAUAAACACCGGCUGGAGGAGGACGUCCACCAGCUCCAGGCCCGGCUCAUCGCUAACGGGGAGCGCCACGACGAGGAGGCGUCACAGCUGAGAGUACAACUCGACAAACUGAUCAGAGAUCAGAGCCGAGAGGGCGCCAACAUGGAGUACCUGAAGAACGUCACCUACAAGUUCCUGACACUGCAGGACGCCAGCGGGAGGCAGCAGACGCUCAACGCCAUCCUGACCAUCCUGCAAUUCAGCCCGCAAGAGAAACGCACUGUCAUGGGGCUGCAGGGUGCCACCUGGUGGCCCAACAAGAGAUGAGACACCUGGUGGCCCAAGAGAUAAGACACCUGGUGGCCCAAGAGAUAAGACACCUGGUGGCCCAAGAGAUAAGACACCUGGUGGCCCAACAAGAGAUAAGACACCUGGUGACCCAACAAGAGAUGAGACACCUGGUGGCCCAACAAGAGAUGAGACA